CGGGGGAGGAGGUGUUUGCAUUUCUCCGCAGGACCAGCUCGCUUUGCAGAGCAUUGUCUGGGUAUGAGAAUCACACACAGGCACAGGGACAGGGGCGAGCGCACCGGAGCAUCUCACUCGGGCAGAGCAUCUCAGCCAGCCUGAGCACCCUUUUCAGUCCCCUGCCCCUUCCUGAGCACCAACAGCCCCCCCAACAAAAGAGAAAAAAAAAAAAAAAAAGAGAAAAUAACCAAAGUUUGCAAAUAUCCCGCCUCCUCCUUUUGCCUUUUUUUUUUUUUUUUUUUUGGUUAGGUGGUUGUUGGUUUUUUAAAAUAUUUUAGCAAUGGCAAAUUCCUUCACGGCCAGGAGCUGGCCCAUCCCCUGAGCGAAGGCAGCUUGGACAUGACCGGCAGGCGAGGGAGGAGGAGGAAUUUGGAUUCCCUUCGGAGGCACCGACCCCUCCUCCGGCCGGGGGGGAGCGCGGAGCCGGCGGGGCUGGACCGACCGCUGUCCCCCCGCGGCCCCCGCCCCGCCCCGCACCACGGGGAUGCGGCAUCUCCAGCGCCGGGACAGAUCCCUGCUGCAAUGAGAUCUGAGCCUUGAGGUGAGGACCUCGACCCAAAUACCUGCAGAGAGCCUGUGCUUCAGCCCUAAUCACAGUGUUAACGAGAAAAACUUGACUGAAGUUAAUUAGGAGAGAAGAUGGCCCUCACCAGGAAGAUCUGCCUCUUCACUCUCAUGUUGCUUCCCAUGGUUACAGCAACCCACUCCAACUGCAUCAUUAAAAAGGAGCAAGAGACUUGUCUGGAGAAGAUCCGGAGGGCAGCUGCCCUGAACCCUUUCAAUGACUCUUCUCCGGGUUGCCCAGGAAUGUGGGACAACAUUACAUGCUGGAAACCUGCAAGUGUGGGGGAAAUUGUCUUUGUCAAGUGUCCUGCACUGUUCAGAUUUAUCAUCCCUGAAGAUGGUUGGGAAGUAGAUAAUUUGGGGCAAACCCAUGCAGGUGAUUAUGACCUGCUGGAAAGCACAGCCCAGUCUCCCCUAGGGGACAUCAGCAGGAAUUGCACUGAGGAUGGCUGGUCUGAACCUUUCCCUCAUUAUUACGACGCCUGCGGCUUUGACGAAAACGAGACAGAGUCCGAUAACCAGGAUUACUACUAUCUGUCUGUGAAGGCUCUGUACACGGUGGGAUACAGCACUUCCCUGGUGUCCCUCACCACUGCCAUGGUCAUCCUGUGUCGAUUCAGGAAACUUCACUGCACCCGGAAUUUCAUCCACAUGAACCUCUUUGUUUCGUUCAUCCUGCGUGCAAUAUCUGUGUUCAUCAAAGAUGGGGUUCUUUAUGCUGAACAGGAUGGCAACCACUGCUUCAUCUCAACAGUGGAAUGCAAAGCAGUGAUGGUGUUUUUUCACUACUGCGUCAUGUCCAACUACUUCUGGCUUUUCAUUGAGGGGUUGUACCUUUUCACUUUGUUGGUAGAAACCUUUUUCCCAGAGAGGAGAUAUUUCUACUGGUACACGAUCAUUGGCUGGGGUACCCCAACAAUCUGUGUCACUGUCUGGGCAGUGCUGAGGCUUCACUUUGAUGACACUGGCUGCUGGGACAUGAAUGACAACACUGCCUUGUGGUGGGUGAUCAAGGGUCCUGUGGUUGGAUCAAUCAUGAUAAACUUUGUGCUUUUUAUUGGCAUAAUUGUGAUACUUGUGCAGAAACUCCAGUCACCUGAUAUCGGGGGCAAUGAAUCCAGCAUUUACUUGAGGCUGGCUCGCUCCACGCUGCUGCUCAUCCCCCUGUUCGGAAUUCACUACACAGUGUUCGCUUUUUCGCCUGAAAACGUCAGUAAGAGGGAGAGACUGGUGUUUGAAUUGGGACUGGGAUCCUUCCAGGGUUUUGUUGUUGCUGUUCUCUACUGUUUCUUGAAUGGGGAGUUUCUCCCUAAAGGUGCAAUCAGAAAUAAAGAGAAAAUGGAGGAGCUGGAAAGUCAACCGGUAUUUUGCUGUGGAUUUCAAACACCGCCAUCCUUCUCUAGCGAGCAGCGGAGUGAACGGGGGGACACAACUGUCCAUUCUGAGCAAGAGCAGCUCUCAGAUUCGGAUGUCCAGCAUAAAUGCGGAGAACCUGGCCACAUGAGCAGCUGAGGGAGCAAAUCCAUCGGGAGCAAACCAAAAACCGCCCCUCGAAACAGAAAAAAAAAUGAAAUAAUAGUUUUGGCUGUGGUGGUGUAGGUCUCUCCUCCUUCUCCUUCUCCUUCUCCUUCUCCUUCUCCUUCUCCUUCUCCGUCUCCUUCUCCUUCUCCUUCUCCUUCUCCUUCUCCUUCUCCUUCUCCUUUCCUUUCCUUUCCUUUCCUUUCCUUUCCUUUCCUUUCCUUUCCUUUCCUUUCCUUUCCUUUCCUUUCCUUUCCUUUCCUUUCCUUUCCUUUCCUUUCCUUUCCUUUCCUUUCCUUUCCUUUCCUUUCCUUUCCUUUCCUUUCCUUUCCUUUCCUUUCCUUUCCUUUCCUUUCCUUUCCUUUCCUUUCCUUUUUUCAUUCUCUCCUCUCCCCUCCUCUCCUGUCGAGGUGACAAAGCAAAGGAAAUGUGUGUAUAUAUCUCUUUUUAACAGUCACUGUAAAUACCCAACUGUACUCAAGGCCAUUAAUGGGGAAUGUUUAACAGACAAACAAGAGGCCAAACCCACCCACUCAACUGUUCCCAUUUCAGAGCAUCUGCAAGUGAUCCGUGUCCGUCCAAAGUAACAAGUGGUUGCUGUGCAGUUGUGAUCCUUGGUUGCCAAACUGAUCCCAGUCUGUGAAUGGACAUGACUGUUGUCAUUUUGCCACUCGGUUUCCUUUUUGGGUUGGAUCUGCCUGUGUUUUUUUCCCCCCAGUCAAACAUGCCCGAGCCUGUCCCUGUCUUUUGGCACGUGAAUUUCUGCAGUGUUUCUCUUUUUGAGUCUUAGGAUGGAGCUGUUGUGCUUGGGUUGAUCAAACCGUUCAGGAAGAUCUCCAGGAAAUUAAGCUGGAUUUAGUCAGACAUUCCCAGUGGUCUUAAAGGAGCAGCUGUGCCAAUGUGAAACUGCCUCUCACUUCAGGAACUUGAGGCAAGAGCAAUGGGAUCCUCUGUGUUUUUCUGUACCCAGGGACACUUCUGAGAUUGUUUGUGUUCUAGCUAAGCUGUGAAUUUUCUAAAAGGGCCCUGCAGUCGAGAUUUACCUAUAUUUUUUUGGCAUUGAUUGACAGAUUGAUCAUUUGGAUUCUUUGAAUUGCAAAAAUAACUGUCCCUUCCCUCCCACCUUAAGAGCAAAAGUCGGUUCCAGGGUGGUCUUUCCCUGCAGAUGACCUUGGACCCUCUGCAUCUGUGGCCAAACGUGGUAUUGGUGUUUUGGGGUCGUGCUGCCACACAGCCCAUGGUGCCUCUGCAACCUCUUGGACUUCUGUGUAUUGACUCUCCCCUGCCAGAGGCACAAGAAGGAUCUGGCACAACAUCCUGGAAGGUAAAAAUCAUCUGCAUUUGGUGAUCAGUGAGCAACUAAACUGAAUGGCAUGAAAGGAAAAUUUAAGGACUUUGGAGGACUUCCCACACCUGGCAGUUUUGUCUCUUUUUGGACAUUCUGUUUGUUUAAGCACCAAUGGUCUUACUGCUUUUUUGGGGGAGGAACUAGAAUGUUCUUUCAACUUUUGCCUUGUAGUUGAAGCCACGACUGGUACUUACCUACUUCAAUCCAGUGUCAACGAUGUCAAUUCUUAAGAGUCUUUAUACAGAGCAUAAAGGCUUUGAGGACCAUCCUAAUGCUCACUUCACUUUGGAUUUAUGAACUGAUAUAUAUAUAUAUAUAUAUAUAAAAUAUAUAUAUAUGUGUGUGUAUGUGCAUAUAUUAAAGACAAAAAUGGAAAUGACACUUUAAAUGUGAAGUUUUGAACUGAAACUAAUAGUAACCAGGAAAUUCAAAAUUCAGGCUGGUUCUUUGGUGUUAGUUGACAUGAUCAUAAACUAAAAAAAAAAAAAAAGGAAAGACUUGGAAUUUUAGUGUCAGCUGAGUGUGAGCUUUUAAUUUCACUGGUUUUGUUAGUUAAGUAAAAAAAAAAAGUUUUAAUGUCAUUUUAAGCAAAGGUUUUUUAAAAUAAUCCUAGUUUACUUAUUUUUAAAAGGAGGGAAAAAAAAGGCCCCAGAAAGUUGUGAAAGGAAUAUUAGUGGUAAUAAUCCUCAACACAUGUAGUGCUUUAUGGGGCAUGAUCUGCUCUCAACUGCAGCAGUUUAAAUGAAUGUAAAAAUAAUUUGAAAUAGAAAUAAUGAUUGAAGUUAUAUUGGUACAGGAUCAUGCUCUUACGAGGUGGUUACACCCCUGUCAUGUGAAAUCUGCGCUUGCACAGAGGACCAGUAAAGUGUUUAAACCACUUCCAUUAUACUCCAAGUUCUUAAGUGGAAUUUAUUUGAUCCAGACACCUUUUUUUUUGCACUUCUGCAGCACUGAUUUACUGCUCUGAGAGUAGAAUUUGUCCCAUUCUUCCCAGCUCUCUGCAGAAGUCACUCGAGUGUUUUUAACUGACGGAUUGGCCCUUCCCCUCUCAUUAGAUGCUUCCAAAAAGCUGUUUGAGAAAGUUUCCCCUGCACUUGGCAGCCUGGACAUUUUUGAAAUCUAAUGUUAAAAGAGCAGAUAACAUCAGGUUUGUGUUUUCUGCAGUUUGGGCUUUCACAAGCAUUAUAUUGACAAUACUGUAAUUGUAUUAUUUAAAAAAAAAAAAUCAAAAGCUAUAUUUUGCAUGAAAGACUAGUAGCCAGUUUUCAAGGAGUUCUAAUUAAUAAAUUAGAACUUUGGAGAUAAAAGAUAUUGAACUAGCUGGAGACUUUUUGCCAUGUUUCAGUCCAGAGCAAGAAGAAGUUUGGAUCAUUAUUUUUUCGUGUACUUUUGGUGUUGUUGUUGAAGCUUUUCCUGAGUUUAUUUCUGGAUUUUGUUGUUUCCCUGGCUGUCCUACAGUGCUCUGAAAUUUGAGCUGGUGGAUCUCAGUCCAGUGCCUCGUGGGUAAAUGUCCACAUCACCAAAACCACCCUUGAAUCCUGCACACUGGAGACCAGGCCCUCAGCUAAAUUCAAAUCAGUACAGAAAACUGUUACUGUUGUUGUCGUUGUUGUUAGAACAAACCCACUUCACUUAGGAUUGGGAUUUGGCUUUGGCACAUUGUUAUUACUAUUUAUUUUUGGUGGUCUCAGCAAGAGAAUCCAAGGGUGGAAUAAGUCAUGAAAACUUGGCCCUUAAUUCCUGGAGCCAAUGCUCAGGAGCAAGACAAGUUGGAGUGCAGUGGAGGGGAAAUUUCUGCUGUUGCAGACCCUCUUUUUCUUGCUCAAAUUGAAGUCUUUGCUACCAUUCACCAGCACCGAAUUUCACAGAGGAAAAGGUACCUCUCGACAUAUUAAAUGUACAAUAUAUCACACAAAAAAUCCCCUUCUGUCAUAAUUUGACUUAUCUGAAGUGUUGCUGCACUUUGCAGAUGUGGCUUUCCCUGGUCACCUGAACUUUCUCAGUGUUGCUGGUAAGAUCAUGCUUGAGGUGUAACUAGUUAUUGCAACCAGACUCUGGUGCCCUGGCACAAAUUAGCCCUCAAGAAACCCUCUCUGUUGAAUGUAAGCUGCAGAUGCUGCCCAGGUAUGGCCACCACUCCCAGUGGCUGUUGUUCCCAUUAAUUCCAGGAGGGAAGAAACCCACAGGUGGUUUGCUUCCAGGUGUGUGUAAAUAUCAACUGAGUGUAACAGUGCUUUGUUUGAUUUUUCACUGUGAAAUAUAUUUUGGAGCAAGAAAGGCUGUGCUCUUAAAAACAAAACACAAUUAAAAUUGAAACAAGUGUGCAGUGCUCCUUGAGCCAUUUUUUUUCUACCGUGUCCAUAAAGUUUUUCCUGUCUAAUUUUCUUAUUUUGCUUUCAUAAGUGUACAAAAACUUUCUGUGCUGCAGCUUUUGUGACUAUUUACUGUAUCUAACCACUGUUUGAUUAUUGACUUGUCAGUGUGAAGUGCUGGUACUACAGGACAAUUAACAUCCCAAAAUGAACACCACAAACUAUAUUGUAAAGGACAAGGCUUGUUUCUUUGCUGCAUGGUGACCUCACCUUCUUUACCUUCACCUCCAUUUAGCAUAUCUGGAACUCAGAGCCCAGGUAAAGAAACUGAAAUGCUUAGUUAUGGGAAUUUUUAUUUCACGGAGGAAAACUACCCAAGUUCCUCUGCAUCAGUUAAGCAUUUGCAUUUGAAAUCCAGGUGUUAAAACAGGGUGGUGGGAGAAGGGACAGAGAUGAAGGCAGGGGAGUCCAGAGUAAAAUGCAAUAGAGGUGAAGUUUGGAAGUUAAAUUCAGACACUAUAUUUGGUGUCUGACUCCUCCUUUUCAGCAUCUGUCUCUCAUUGCAACUAAAAGACUGUGCCUUGCAACUGCAAGGCCAAAAACCACCAGAAUUGGGCAUGACCUGCCUGUGCUGGUGGUUUGACAUCACAUUUGCAAAGGUGACUCUCCCCAGACUCUCUCCAUCAUCAAUGGCAAACAGGAGAUACCUUCCAGAAGGGAAUGCAGAGCAGUUCAUGAAAUCAACAACCAAGGUUGGAAGUUGAAUGACCAUCUGGUCCAACCUUCAUGAGAAAGGGAGCUUAGUGAGGUUAUUUAGCACCUUGUCCAGUCUCCUCUUGGAAACCACCAAUGGCACAUCCCUGGGAUGUUGUUCCCAUGAAUGGCUGUUCUUACUCUAAAAAAUUCUUUUCUUUUAUCAAAAUGAAACCUCUCCUGGUGCAGCUUGUACUUGUUCCUCUUCUAUUUUUCAUGUGGAUCCUUGUGAAGAAAGAGCUUUACUCUCUUUGUAGCCACCCUUUUGGGACUGGAACAGUGUGAUGAGGUUCCUACUGAGCCUUCUCUUCUCCUGGGAGAAACUCCUUCAGUCUUUCUUCACUGAUCCAGUUGUCCAUCCCUUUGACCACCCUCAUGGUUCCCCUCUGGACCUUCUCCAGUCUGGCCACCUCUUUCUUGAACUGUGAGGACCAGAGUGGGACAGAAUAUAGAAUUUCUUAGACUCCUGCUGGAAACCUGAUCUGGGAGAAUCUACUCUUUUUCCAACAGGGAUGGAAGGAUUAGUUAUCAUAGUUUGCCUUCACAGCGUCAUUUUUGCAAAAUUGUGGCUUUUCAUAGUAUUUUCAUGUCCAUGGUGGAUGAAAUUCUGCUUCUGAAUAACAUGAAGGCUUCAGUGCUUGCUUCUGGUUGUAUGAAAGAUUCAGGGGGUGUUUUCCUAAUCCUAUGGACAGAAGAAAUGAGUAACUGAAAAUAAGCAAAGCCAAAAUGAGCAAGAGCAAAACAUAUCUACUCAAUGUGAAGGAAGCUCUGGAGUUGCCAUUAUUUCAUAUUAUAACAUUCCCACUCCUAAACUGAUCACCUCUCCUUUUCAAAUUCAGUGGGAUUUUCUUUUUCUCACCUUCUCUUCCCACUGGAAAGUUGUUGCAAAACUUUUCUCCUUUGGCAGUUAGAAACCUUUUUUUUCUGAAUUCCAAGUCAAAAUAAUUCUGGGCUCUCUUAGGUUCCUUUUCAUACCAGUCUUGCCUCCAGUUUCUCCCUCUCUUCCUGAGGUAUAAACAGCUUUAUUUCACAUAAAGUCUGCAGUUUGUCCUUGGUCAUACAGCUGAAAGAUAAGACUAAAAAAACCCAUGUUAUUUAGCUGCGUUUGUUUCAGCUCUAAUCCAAGUUUGGGCAGCAAAAACAAUGUAAGGAAUCAAAUAAAGAUGUGAAUUCACACAGAAUAGUAGGAAAAUUACCCGGAAGCAGAAUGCUAAGAACCCUGGGGAAAAAAAAAAAAAGAAAGAAAGGGAAAAAUAAAAACUAAGAGAUAGAUUUCCAGUCCUUGAAAACCUAUAAAUGGUAUUUGGUUUUUGAGUAAUUUUCUUUCAGAUAGGUCUAAAGGAAAGUAAUUCCAAUAUUUUCCCUUUCUCCUUUCAGAGUUGAUCUUGCAAGAGAAACUGUAUCACUGCUGUUUCCCAUCAGAGGCAUAGGACACAUACUCAGUCAAAAUACUGCAAGAAAUCAUCGUUCAAAUGGCCUAAAAGACACUGGUUGUGUCAGUUUGUGAGGUUUCAGUGCUCAUGUAUCUGACAUUGCUACUAAAUCCCUGCCAAAUCUGGUCUGCAAACCAUAAAAAUGUCCAACUUUAUUUUUCCAGCCCAGCUCUGACAAAAAUUAGGUAUAAAAAUUUUAGUACCAUAGAAAAAAAAAAUGUCCAGAGUGACAUUAGCAAACAGUGGCAAUAAAAGAAGUGGAAACCUCAUUAAUUUAAUUGGCUUUAUCUGCCUUGUUAUUUGAAAUUGUUUUUCGAUAGUGUUUCGGAAAUAAUUGCUUAUGUCAGAGGUUUUUAACCUGUGGUCUGUGAAGACUUCAGAGCCCAGAGACUAUUUCUGAAGUGUUCAUGGGAGAGGAUUAAAAAAAAUAAGUUCAUUUUUGUGUGUAGCAAUAGAUGUCUGGGAGGCUCCUGAAGAGCUUCAGUCUUACGUGUCUUUAUGCAAAGGCUCCCACAGAUAAAGACCUAGGAAGUUCAAUAAAUUCAGAUUUUCCUCCUUGCUUUGAUUAUGUCCUUUCUUGAUAUUAAGACUUUCACUUUUGUUCUGAGGUUUUCCUCGUGUGGGCAGGGCUUCCAGAGAAAUGUGUGCUUAUAUUGUCAAUAUUAUACUUAUAAUCACUGCAGAGCAGUGAAUGUGUCCUCCACAGAACUCUUAUACAUGGAAGGGAAGCAAGACAAGUAGGAAGAGCAGAUAGAGCAGAAUUUAUGGACACCUCCAUGAGGUCCUACUUGGCCUCCAGCUGCCAGACAAGAUUGGAGUUUCUUACAGUUCCUGGGUCAUAUUUGUGAGCUCUGUGUGGAUAUCUAGGAAACAGAUAAACUCCCUGAGUGGGAUUCACUUCCAGACUCAGAUACUGAACUUUAUUAUCUCUGUGAGGGCUGUGUCUCCUGGAGUCUUGUUUCUACGACUGUAAAAUGUGCAUAAUGCAAAAAAUACAACCAGAUACCUGUUUUUUAGCAGUUUUCUUCCUUAGGAGUUAAAUAUCAAGGGCUAUAUUAGACGUGUGUCCCUUUCAACACCAGGCACCUUCAGCAUUAGAUGGUCUGGCCCACGGUUAAAGUCCUGGAAAAGGUCUUGUGUCCUCAAGCAGUCAGCUAAGGAGAUACCCACACCACUCCAGACGUCAAGAGCUGAGGUGUCACCCCUUUGAUCUGCUUUCUCCACUUUGCCUUUGUGGCCACAAGAGACAAAAGGGCAAUUUCAGAGCACAAAAAUCAAAACUCGUGUUUUUGAUGUCCACUCAGAGGGGAGAUGAUUCACACUUUGCGAGUGUUCCUUUCCACCGGGAGGUCGAGGUGGCCAGACUGGAGACAGAUGUUGACACUGUGCAAGCCUGGAUGUGGAGAUGGAUUUUCCCUGGCAACUUUGCCUGGUCACUGCUCUUCUGCUUCACACAUGCUGAGAAACAAUGGCUUUGAAAAGCUUUGGGGAGGGGCUCCUGCUGGGUAUUAGCAGCCAGAUCUGAGGGAGGUGUUAUGCCUGAGGGAGGUGUUAUGCCUGAUAAAGGCUGAGCAGAGUUUUCAGGAAGUCUCCUUCCCUCUGUCAGGUUGUGUCCAUAUGACCAGCACUUCUGUGUCCAGAAACAAACCAUAUUAUACAGCGCACAUGCAGUGAAAAAAAAAAAAAAAAAAAUUAAGAUUUUACCCUCUGCUUUCAGCAGUCAGGAACAUGCAACCAGUUCAGAAUUGCGUUUAAAGGACAAAUUAGGAAGAUCUGGAGUGUGCAGUCGCAGUUAAUGAUGCUCUGAUGUUAAGCUCCGUGUAUAUCUGUACUAAAGAGCUAAAUUCAGCUAAAUACACAUUGUACUUUGUGUAUGAAAACACACCAGCAGAGCUUGAACAAUGUUUUGAACCUCGUGGUCUUUCACCUUCUUAUGGUUCGAAUUGCAAUUUCCCAUUGGCUUUCUUUUGGGGAAUUCAUCCAUGUGAAGAAUUACUGUGUGAUAUGACACUGUGUGAUCUGACACUCUUCAGUGUCUGAAAUUCCUUAGGCUUCUGCAUAUGCCUUUCCCAAUGGACUUUGUGCUUGCAGAGAAGUCUCAAGAGGCCUUUGUGUAUCAGUAUAAUCUGUAAAAAACAAAUAUUUGGUGUGUUCAUUCUCUUUCCCUUCUACUUGUCAAUUUAGUGGCAAUGCAAACCUGCUAUAGCUCUGAGAAGUACCAAGUUAUCGGAUGGAAAGCUGUAUUUUGGCUUUUGACUGUGUCAAGGUACAAAGUUAUGGCCUGUUGGGUCUAAUACUGACCUUUUUUGGUCAAAACUGGUUUAACUGGUAAUGGGAUUUGGGGUUAUUCAGCUUUGUUAUGAGGUGGAAACACAGAUAUCAAUUGCUGCUUUCUAACCUUUUUUGUGUUUUGAGAAAUUGUUUUUAACAUGUAUACUGCUGUAGAUGACACAAUAAAUGUAUUAUCAUUUUGUAUAAGUCUGUUCUGAUAUAAAAUUGCACCAAAGAGAA